AUGCACGCUCGCAGCUCCGUCGUUGACGAGGGCUUCGACUUGCCUGCUUACAGGUUAAGCCAGGCCGAGGAGAAGCCUUCCACGGUCGAGAAUGAGAUAUCAAUCACAGAGGGUCCCCUUGAGCGGAAUGUCACAGUCAAUUCUGUCUCAUGGGACCACACUCAUCGCGGACUGUCCAACAGGCAUCUUCAAUUUAUUGCAAUCGGAGGCACAAUCGGGACAGCACUGUUCGUGUCUAUCGGAGGUGCUUUGGCAAAAGCUGGGCCCGGAAAUCUUCUCUUAGCCUUCAUCUCGUUUGCAACUGUUAUUUUGGCUUGCAAUAGCUGUCUUGCCGAGAUGGUUAGCUACUUGCCAGUGUCGUCGUCGUUCAUUCGAUUCGCGGGGCGGUGGGUAGACGAUGCCUACGGAUUUGCUGUUGGGUGGAAUUUCUUCAUCUACGAGGCCAGCAAGUUCUCUGCCGUUCUUUCGUUUCUAUCAACAACUAACGUCAGAGUAGUAUUGGUACCCUUUGAGAUGACAGCAUUUGCGCUGGUCUUGACGUUCUGGACCGACAAGAUCCCUGUUGCCGCGGUCAUUGUCGUCAUGAUUUUAGUGUAUGCUGUCUUGAACAUUUUUGCUGUCUCAUGGUUUGGCGAAGCAGAGUUCUGGUUGGCUAGUGGCAAAGUUCUGCUCAUCAUUGGUCUCACUCUCUUCACCUUUAUCACGAUGCCUGGCGAUACCGGGCGCUUCAUUGGAUUUCUCUUUGCCAUCAUUCAAGCUGGAUUCACCAUCGCUGGGCCGGAAUAUAUCUCAAUGGCCGCAGGAGAGGUCAAAAACCCACGCAGAUCUCUGCCAAUGGCCUAUCGCACUAUGGCGUACAGAUUUGCAGCCUUCUUCAUUGGAGGUGCUUUGUGCGUCGGAAUCAUCUGUCCCUACAACGAUCAGACACUGGUGUCCAUUUACUUCGGAGAAGGCGGCGGUGGUGGUACUGGUGCAGCAUCGCCGUACGUCAUCGGCAUGAACAGAUGGGCUAUACCUGUCCUGCCAUCCAUCACAAACGCCCUGAUCUUAACAUCAAUCUUGUCAGCCGGGAACUCUUACAUUUACUGCUCCAGCCGUAGUCUGUUCGGUCUCGCGCUCGAUGGGAAGGCGCCUAAGAUCUUCACCAAGUGUAACAAGGCUGGUGUGCCAAUCUACUGUGUGGCCAUGACCCUAGCGAUCUCAUGCCUGGCUUUCUUGCAAGUGAGCAGUUCGUCAGCUGUGGUACUGAACUGGUUCUUCAGUCUGAUCACCGCUUCUCAGCUCCUCAACUUCGCCUGCGCCUGCGUGACCUACAUGUUCUUCCGCCGAGCAUUUACAGCCCAGGGUCUGAAUCGGGAUGACCUUCCCUAUCAGUCUCGAUGGCAGCCGUUCCUUGCUUGGUAUGGCCUGAUCGGCUGUGUCCUGGUCAUCUUUAUCAACGGCUUCUACUUGUUCAUCGAUGGUCAAUGGGACACUCGGUCGUUCAUCUUCUGCUACUUCACUGUUGCACUCGUCCCUGUGAUGGGUCUCGGAUGGAAAGUCUUCAAGCGUACUUCGUUCAUCAAUGCACGUGAGGCAGAUCUCGUCACUGGGCUAGACGAAAUCCUCGACUAUGAACGCACACAUCCGGUCUAUGAACCGACUAGCAAGAUGGGAAAGAUUGUGCAUAACGUGCUUGGCUUUUAA